AUGAAAAUAUGUCGGGAUCGUUCUGCGUAUAUUUGGCAACAUUCGUAACACGUGUAAACAAUAUGGCUUCUUGCGACAUUUCUUCAUCCCCAGAAUCGUCAGAUAUAGAUACAGACGAAGAAUUUGGCGACGAUUCAUCCGAGUCUGGAUCAGAUUUUGAUCAGGAUGAUUCAGACAGCGACCAUUCCUUUGGAAGUGAGACAGACAGCGAUGACAACCAGGACACAGAUUCCACAUUAUUUGACCUUGACAGCCAGGCAAGCGACAUUAGAGAUUCUGACUUCUGGACUGAUGUUGUGGAAGACUUUGAUGUUCCAGACUUCGUCGAUACUUCAGGUCCCACUCAUCAGCUCUCUUCGGAUGCAAAUCCUCUGUUAUAUUUCCUGCUCUUGUUUCCCUUUAGUCUGGUACAGGUACUUGUGGACAACACCAAUUCGUAUGCUGCUCAGAGUGGAGCCCAGGGUUGGACCGAUACCACCAUCGACGAGAUGAAGGCAUUCCUCGGAUUACAAAUUCUGAUGGGGAUUAUUCAGCUUCCCAGAUACACUAUGUAUUGGUCAUCUGAUAAGUUUAUCGAUGUUGAGCUGACCAAUGUCUUCAAACCUUUACCAUGAAACAACUCGGAUCAUAAACUUUUCUAAAUAUUGAGGAAUAUGUUGAAUAUAAAAUGAAAAUACUUUACACCUGCUUAGUGCUCUUCUGGAAUUGGCAGUAUUACACAAAAUAAGACCUGUACUUGAUGAGACAAGAAGGACAUUCCGGAGUCGGAUGAAUCCACCUAAGCAGUAGGCUAUUGAUGAGGGCAUGGUUAAGUACAAA